AUGCCGUCAUCCAACGAGUUGGACCAGUUGGACGGCAUGACUACCGAACAGGAUCUAAUCCUGUUGUUCGAUUGCAGGAAGAUUUGCCCACCUGAUUCCAGGACGGAAACUAUCCGUGUUGAGGAAAAGUACUUCACCGAUGCGUUCUUCAAACAUCGGUGGUGCAAUGGCAGCCGUGUUCGUGACGGAAAGGUCUUGGUGCAAGGAUGGAAUGCCCUCAUCCAUAACAUCGAGUGCAUUGGCCAUGAGGCCUGGCUCGGUAAACUUGAUGCAGCUCACAUCAGGUUUGAGAAGCGCAACCCAGUCGAGGUGCAGUACAAGUUGCACCGAUUGUCAAGAGAGUCAGGAUUACCCUGUCUCUUGUGGGGUGAUUCGUGUCCAGGUUGCCUGGGCAGUGCAGAUUGUUCCCCUAGGGAGUACCCCCUCCCUAACUUUCCCUAUUGGACGGCGCGCAUCUCUUCUGAGAUGGCCGAAGGGAUUGACACUUUGCAAUCCCUGUACUCGCGCUCGGAAAGGUCGUUUUCCGACGACCCUUCUUUGAACGAAGCGGCUCGAGGGUCGGAUCAGCUUGAUGUUCAAGAACUGAACCGUGUAACGGAGCAGUUACAUGAUGACCUGGCUCAGGAAUGGAACCGGCGUUACGAGCUCCGUGACCUUGUAAGGGAUAAUCACAAUUUCUUAGCGCAUGUUCAUUCGAGCGAUCGUGCCGCUUUUGCGCUCGCGCAACUUGAGAACGAACGUUCGACUCGUUCUCUUCGUGACGAUCUGGCUGUAGCUCGUCGAGACAUCGCUCAGCUGCGUGAGCAGGUCACUUCGCUAGUCGACCAGACUGGAUCGUUGAAACAAGACCACUCGAAGGUGGUCUCGGCCCUUGACCGCGGAGGUGUUCUUCGCAUCUUGAAACGGGCUCGUACUGAUAGUACGGACGGAGACGACCAACGUAAAACGUAG